AAACAUAUGUUUUUUCGGUGAUCGAUUAUACAGAUAUUUUCGUUUUCGUCCACUUAUCCCUUUUUAUCAGAAAAUCAAAGCUAAAUUUGGGUCUAAAUUCCCUUGUGUCGUAUCUUAUCCUUAUAAAUUUGCGUGGCGGGGGUCUAAGUACACUGAAAAGAUCUGUGACUUCAAUUUCCAGUUAUGGUUCUGGCUCUCUCACUUCACUUACCAAUGGCGGCUUCGUCUUCUUGUUCUUCUGUUCUUCCCCUUCAAUUCUUCUCUUCGUUUUCAUUUUCUCCUUCUGAGUCUCCAGCCUUUCUCUUCUACCAAACUCCCAACUCAAUUUCUUCUCUCAAAUUCUCCAGAAAACCCUUUCUCUCAAACUCAAAGCAUCUUACCGUCUCCUUUGCUUUCACUGAAACCGAAUCUGACUCUCCCGACUCACUCCCACCCUCCCUUCACUCUCUCCUUCAAAAUCUCGCUGAUUGUUUUGAUCUUAAGUCUGAUUAUUUUGCACAGCUACCAAAUGAUCUUCGUUUAGAUCUAAACGAUGCUGCUUUUGAUCUUUCAAACGGACCAGUUAUCAAUGAGUGUGGUCAAGAGCUGGGAGAAACACUGUUAAAUCUCUCUCGGGCUUGGGAGCUUGCCGAUACUUCAACUUCUUGUGCUUUGGCAAAGAAACUCCCUGAACUAGAGAGCUCUUUGACUGACAAUUCGAAAUCAGCAUUUGGCAAGCGCUUGAUAUCAGCUGGAAGGAGGUUCCAAUCUAUGGGACAGUAUGGUCAAGGUGAACUACAAAAGAUUGCAAAGACAAUGAUUGCAACUGGAAAGCUUCUUUCUGUGAGUUCAAUGUCAACAACAGCUGAAGAACAACCAAAGAAGGAAACUAGGAUGUUCAAGUUUGGAGAACUUCAGGUUGAAGUAACACCAGAAAAAGCCAACAUUGGUGCAGCAAUUGGAUUUGUUUUUGGGAUUCUUUCCUGGAAGCUAGGGCAAGGCAUCCAGAGCAUUCCUGAGAGUUCAUUGCAGUAUGCAAAUGACAAUGCUUUGUUGCUGGCAAAGUCUCUAAGGGGAGCUCUACUUGCACUUUGCUAUUCAUCCACUGUCUUGUCUGCUUUCACUACUGUUGGGCUUUUCUUAUAUGCGAGACAGCUUGCAUCAAAGGAAAAGUGACAAUUUGUCGGCGUUAUCUUGCCUGGGUUUGUGCUGUAAAUCUGAGAUACUCUUCCAUGUACAGAAGUUAAUUCUAUAAUUUCACUAACAAUGCUGAGUGGAUUUGGAAUAAAUGUUAUGGUCUGGCAGCUGAAGAAUUCUUUAAUUUGUAUUCUGUCUCCUUUCUCAUGGAAACAUGUUUAGUCACCUUGUUUCAGUUGUAAGACAUUUCUAUAUGGCAAUAAACCUUGGUUGUUACAUGCCAAGAAUAUGAGUUAAGUUACACUUUUUGCAGGUGGGUGUCAUCUUUAUACCUUGAGAACAUAUCAUGGGGAAGGCAGACAGCUGAGCCUUCAAAACUUUGGUCAUAUUGAUAUUGCAUCAGUUUAUGUUCUGAUCAUUAGAGUUUUGACUUCUUUUUUUUUUCUUUUUUUUGCAUUUUAAUUCCUAUAAAUAGAGUAUCAAUAAAUCCAAGGGCAGAAAUAAUUAGCAUCUUGAUACAAGUACAUUUCAAGACCAUGUCAGUCACAAACUUAGAACACCAAUGGCUGCAGGACAUCAUUAUUGCUGAUCUGAGCAUCAUAUGUGAUGAGCACUUGGCAACACUGUCCCAGAUUAGAAAAUGCUCCAUGGCCUUUUCUCAUACUUCUUUGGAUCUUUGCAAGGUUGAAUCUGGGAAAGCAGUGUGGCAAAAAGGUUUGGAAAGCUGGUUUUAGAAGAUGCUGAUAUAGGCCACAAAGUCUUGAGAUGUAUUCCAUUAAAAAACUAUUAAUUUGGCUUUCAGUUUCAUCCCAUUUGAUACUCCUUUUAUGAGGAUUAGAAUUUCACACGUCGAAUGCAAAAACAUUCAGUGAGAAUACAUGUUAAUACAAUACCAAUAUAAUCAAAGUUUUGAAAGCUCUUUUUUUCCCA